AAGAACCCCUCUUAAGUAGAGAAGCCCUUGCUGCAUGACUCUUGCAAUCCAAAGAAGGAGAAUUUUGGUGUCCUAAACUAGGCCAUCUCUCUGUUCCCUCAGUUUCCUCACUUGGGUUUCUCUUCUCUUCUUCUUUCUCAAUUGCCUUCUCUUGCUAUUUGCUGCUUGAUCUUCCCAAAUAUCGACACAAUUGCUUGGAGAUCGACGGAUAGGAUGAUGAAGGAGUUCAUGCAACAAGAGAUUGAUCACAUGAAGGAAGAGAAUUCGGAGAAGAGCCAGCAGUUUUGGAGGAUAAUGGAAUUCCCUGAGCUCUCCUUGGCUCCAUCCCCUCGUCACGGGGUUGACAAAAGCACCAAUAGCUCAUCUUCCGAAUCGGAAGCCAAUUACCCUUCUAAAAAGAGAAAGUUUUCAGAUCAUCUGUUCAAUAGGAGUGACCCCAUGAUUCAAACUAGUGUUGAUCUUCAACUCAAAGACCCCUUGCCAUUGGAUUGGGAGCAAUGCCUUGAUCUUGAAUCAGGGAGAAUGUAUUAUCUCAACAGAAAGACCUUGAGAAAGAGCUGGAACUGCCCAAAGGAUCAUAAUCAGCAGAAGCUAGACCUUGAGCUCAACAUCUCAACACUCUCAAAUUGUCCUGAAAAAUGCAGCAGCUUUGACUCCCAAAGGCUUCAAGAUCACUCCAAGAAGCACCAACACUGCUCCUCAAGCAGCAACAUGGUGGCUUUGGCAUGCUUGAAUUGCCAUCUCUUAGUCAUACUCUCCAAGUCCUCCCCAUCUUGCCCCAACUGCAAGUAUGUCCACUCCCUCCCUACCCAACAAAUCCCAACCUCAAAAGCCCCUCCCAUCAAGUCCUUGGACACCCUAAGCCUCUUGAAUUAGUCAUCAUCCUCAACCAGAAAACAAAUAUAGAAAAACCCUCAAAAAAGAAAAAAAGAAAAAAAAAAAGAGAGAAAAAAGACCUCUGGAGGCAUAUGGGAUCAAGCCAAUCCUUUGAUGUCCCUAUCUUAUGUUUGUUUUCAAUGAUGAUGUAUCUAAAUGAUCAGUAAAUAUAAUUUAUGCAAAGCUUUCCCCCUUCA